AUGACACUCGCCACCCGGGUCUUGUAAUGUGGAGCUUGAGGCUACAAGCCCAAUUAUCUCCAGCUCAAGGAGAAACUAGAACAUGAGUUUCCUGGAUGCCUGGACAUUUGUGGCGAGGGGACUCCUCAGAUCACGGAAUUCUUUGAAGUAACAGUAGCUGGGAGGUGGGUUCACUCCAAGAAGAGAGGUGAUGGUUACGUGGAUACAGAAAGCAAGUUUUGGAAACUGGUGACCACCCUCGGAGCUGCCCUGCCAGUGACCCCUGAAGGCCGGGUCCUGAGACCCCGGGGCAGCCGCCUUAUGACAGCAAGAAUGAAAUGUCUCAAAGACCUGUGGUCUUUCCUCGAUGUUCCUGCAGCCACCAAGUCAAGCCAGAGGGCUCCUCUGUGA